AUGAGAAUACUUCUCGCAUUUUUGCUUGCCCUAUUCUGGCAACAAUGUCACUGCUUUCUUGGCUCUCCACUUAUCACCAAGGCCACAAUCGAUGUCAAGACUAGAUCCUCGCCCUUGAAAAUGAACCUAUUGACCGAUCUUGGAGACAUGUUGGGAGGUGGCAACAACGUUCUUACGCCUCAGCCGUCGCUUCCGUAUUCAAAACCAUUCUGCAGUAGCACGUCAUGUGCUGAGGGUGUCCGAACCUUUGCGGUCCAAGAACGCUUGCUGACAUUCACUGGCGAAGACUUUGACGUGGCGGAAUUGCACCCGGGUGGUGGUAGCACGUCAUUUGCCAAAGUCCGUGGUGCCAUGCUGCACCUUCCCGGAAAAGACAAAAUGCGCUUGACCAGUACACAAACGAACGAAGAACUGUUGGUCUUGGACCGCAAGCUAAUUGCUGCAACACCCACCUACGAUAUUUACCGUGGUGGAUCGGGAGCUGAAAAGAUUGGAUGGAUCGAGAAAAAAUUCAUUUCCAUGACGGAUAGCUUUGAUAUCUACAUGGAAGGAAAGGGGGGGUUCGGCGUGACUGGCUUGUUCAAGCCUCCUCCUGCCUAUAAAAUUACAGGAGACUUUCUGGAUCGAAACUUUGUCAUGCGAAACGAAGAAGGAGAAUGCGUGGCAAGAGUCAGUGAGGAUUGGAUCAUUGAAUUUGAUGCCUUCAACCAUUACCAAGUUCAAGUAGCUCCAGGAAUGGAUGCUGUUUUGGUCUUGGCUUGUCUCUGCGCUAUUGAUGAAGAAUUUGACGAAGAACACAAGGCAAAGAGAGAGCAAGAGGCGUAG